UGCGAUUGGAUAAAAUAAAAUGAAAUCUCCACACCAAUAACACCAACUCACUACUUGUCCUCACACUCCAAGCUCAAUCCUCGUAUUAUUACACAAUGGCCGGCGGAGACGCCACCGCCACCACCGGCGCCGUACAGUCACUUCUGAGCCUCAUACAAGAUACCAACCGGGUUUCAAGUAAUGGGUUCGGAGGCCCAUUCAAGAAAGACUGCUCAGAUUUGGCCCGGAGAAUUGCUCUUCUUUCUCAUUUACUUGAAGAAGUUAGAGAUUUCGAGGGUGAUUUGGGGCCGUUGGAUCAAUCUCACUCUUCUUGUUUGGUUGAUCUGACGGUGGUUAUUAAAGCUUCUAAGAGAUUGGUCUGUGCUGCUGAUCAAUUUGAUCCCAAGAUCUCCCCUGAAGGAGCUGCCAAGAAAUUUGCCUUUCAAUUUCAGUGUCUGACAUGGAAACUUGAAAGAGCCUUAAGAAGCUUUCCGUAUGAUCAAUUAGAGAUCUCAGAGGAAGUACAAGAACAGGUUGAUUUAGUAAGAGGCCAGUUGAGAAGAGCGACAGAAAGAUACAGUGGCUCCCUAACUAUGAACAGAUUGUCUCGUGCUUUAUCCCAGUCACUAGAUAAAGAGCUUGAUCCAUUGCAGCUAAGGAACAGACUGAUUGCAGGCUUACUUGUCGAGAGUACAGGUAGCAUUGAUCAUGGAGGUACAGAAAAUGUGGAAAUUGUUUCAACAUCUAAUUCUUCAAAGGAUAAUAUAUCAGAUCAGAUGAUUCAUAGGUUAGAAAGGAGGGGAAGCUCCUAUCAGUGUUUAAUAAACAAUGCCGAUGCUGAUCAAAGUGAAAACUCAAAAAAGAAUGAAAAAACAAGUUCUCCUGUGAUUCCUGAUGAUUUCUUAUGUCCUAUUUCUCUUGAAGUGAUGAGAGACCCCGUUAUAGUGGCGACAGGGCAGACAUAUGAGAGAUCCUACAUACAGAGGUGGAUAGACUGCGGCAACACAAAGUGUCCAAAAACUCAACAGAAACUUCAAAACCUCACUCUAACCCCAAACUAUGUUUUAAGAAGUCUUAUUACUCAGUGGUGCAUAACACACAAUGUUGAGCAGCCCACAGCACUGACCAGUGGCAAGGUGAAAAGAAGUGAUGGAACAUUCAGUGAUGUUAGCAGAGAGAUAGCAGCUAUUGAGUCACUUGUUCGUAAGCUCUCUAGUCGAUCUAUAGAGGAGUGUAGAGCAGCAGUGAGUGAAAUUCGGUCACUUUCCAAAAGAAGCACAGAUAACAGGAUACUAAUCGGAGAAGCAGGAGCAAUACCAAUUCUUGUCAGCUUGCUGACUUCUGAUGAUGGCAUAACUCAGAAUAAUUCAAUCACGUCCAUACUCAACCUUUCUAUAUAUGAACAAAACAAAGGACUCAUAAUGCUUGCUGGUGCCAUUCCUUCUAUAGUCCAGGUCCUUAGAUCUGGAAGCAUGGAAACAAAAGAAAAUGCGGCAGCAACCCUUUUUAGUUUGUCUCUCGCUGAUGAGAACAAAAUUAUCAUAGGUGCAUCCGGUGCAAUACCUGCUUUGGUGCAAUUGUUUCAAAAUGGAAGCUCAAGAGGGAAGAAAGAUGCUGCAGCAGCUUUGUUUAAUUUGUGUAUUUAUCAAGGAAACAAGGGUAGGGCAGUCAGGGCUGGGAUUAUCACCGCAUUGUUGAAAAUGCUCACAGAUACAAGCUGUUGCAUGGUCGACGAAGCAUUGACAAUACUGUCUGUUCUUGCCAGUCAUCAAGAGGCUAAGGCUGCCAUUGUACAAGCUAGUACCAUACCUGCAUUGAUAGAUCUUUUAAGAACAGGUCUACCUCGGAACAAAGAGCAUGCAGCUGCCAUUCUACUUUCAUUGUGCAAGAGGGACACUGAGAAUCUUGCAUGCAUAAGUAGGCUUGGCGCAGUUAUACCAUUGACAGAGCUAGUGAAGAGUGGUACCGAGAGGGCCAAGCGAAAAGCUACUUCACUUUUAGAGCAUCUACAAAAGUCGAAACAGCUUUGACAGGUGAAGUUGUACAAGAUAAUUCGUUUAAUUUUUUAUUAAAACAUCCUGAUAAUGAAUUUACACGAUUUUUCCACUAAUAUAUUGUUUUUCACUUUCA